AUGACUCUCCUUUCACCGAGGCGAGUAGGCGGAUUCUACUCCUCCGCCCGUCGUUACAGCUUCGCCCGUCAAGCUCGAAACUACACGCCGGGCCCGGCCCAGUCGGCAGCAAGGAGGGAUCCUCAGUUCCGUGACUACUUUGUGACCCAUUUACCCUCGUCCUCUCUCCAUCCUGAUCCCCGCGGUCCGACCUCACCGUUCCACAAGCUACCCCGGGCCGCCUCCACGCCGCACACCGGAGAUACGUCACAGCACCCGGCGGCGUUUCAAGCGUUGAUUGACCGCGAGACCACGGUCGUCCGGAUUCCCCUGCGCAGUGCGAAACACCAUUUCGGCGCCGUCACUGCGCGCGGGACUCGACCUGCCAAUGAAGACACGUACCAGGCGGGUGUCAUCGACAUCCCGGCUUUCGCAAAGCGCCCUCCCGCCUCGUUAACGAUCAAGCGCAAUAAACAAAGUCCCCCAGCUCGGCCUCAGGAGUCGCGAGGGGCAGAAACAGCGAGUGGAGAUCCGCAGGUAUUCUACUUUGGUGUCUUUGACGGUCAUGGCGGCACCGAAUGCAGCUCCUUCUUAAGAGACUACCUGCAUGAGUACAUUCAGAAUGCCGCACAGGAUAUUGAAUUACAGUCAAGCCUACGACCUGGCGCCGCGGUUCCCUCUGCUAGCAGCGAGUUGCCGGUCAUGCAAGAAGGCGACCGGCGGAGGAUCGGAGACCUCGAGAAGCACCUUAUCCAGACCUGGCGGCGGAUCGUUGGGGGCUACUUUAAGCGUUUCAAGCCACCGCACUUCGCCUACGAUGGUACGGAUUCUACAGAUCCGGCGAUUGCCGAUCACAUCUCGAUCGAAGAGGUUGUGGAAUACGCCUUCCUGCGCGCCGAUCUAGACUUCGUGAAGGCGCAAGCCUCCAAGCAAGAAGAUGACCCAGUCCGGGCUGAACGACCCCUGAACGACGACGAAAUAUUCCACAGACCGAGUAUGACGCGAUCCCCUCACAUCGGUGGACGUGCGCGUUUCAAGGGCGGCAGCACCGGGAGUGUUGCGAUGAUCUCAACCCCAACCCCAGCACCUUUCUGGCACCCGAUCGCCCCCUCCAGUCUGCUCAUUGCCCACGUAGGCGAUACUCGAAUCCUUCUGUGCUCGACCGAAACAGGUGAAGCCAUUCCCGUCACUUCGAACCACCACCCCUCUUCUCCGAUCGAGGCCAGCCGACUCCGACGGUACGCGGCCACGUUCGUCACCGACUCUUUCGGUGAGGAGCGCAUGAGCGGAUUGGCGAAUACCCGCGCUUUCGGUGAUGUGCACUCCAAGCGCAUUGGCGUCUCCGCAGAGCCAGAGCUCAAGCGCAUCGAGCUUGGUCCCGCGGAAUUCUCGUUCCUGGUCAUGGUCUCGGACGGUAUCAGCGGUACACUCCUCGACCAGGAAGUUGUCGAUAUCAUUAAGGAAUCCAAAACUCCUGAGCAAGGCGCCCGAGACGUGGUCAAUUUCUCCACCGAGGUUACCAAAGAAGGAGACAAUGCUACCUGUCUUGUUCUUCGCCUCGGUGGGUGGGAGCGUCGACAAGAGGGUGGUGUCGGCAGCAUGGGAACUCGAGAAUCUCGCGAUUGGCGCCGACAGGAAGCCACCGAUCCGCGCAGGUCACGGACGUGA